UGUUGGUGGUUUGUAGACGCCGCUCUGAAUGCCCGCCUUGCAGCCUUAGCCCCCUUUUAAAAAUAAACACACUUCAGGCCAGCCGCAUUUGAAGCCCGAUUGCAACAAGUCGAAAGUCCAAGUCAAACCCAUUUAAAGGGCAUCCCGGCGCUUUACCAGAGUCAGAGAGUUUAUUUUUUAUUUUUUGCUUCCAGCGCGUUCCAGACCGUCACCAAGCGAGUCUGAAGUUUUCUCAUUUUAAUGCAUUUGUUCCUCCAAGAAUCAGGGAUCGGGGCCGCCACAUUGCCGCUUGGACGGCCAUUCGGGCGCGCAACACUCGCUUUACGCACCAUGUAACUCAAGGCUAGACGGCGGCGGUGUGGGGCGCGCCAGAGACGGAAGGCCUGUGCGGCUUGCAGGGCGGGGAACAGGCGUGCUCUCUCUGGCUUGCAUCCCGCCUCCCUCCGCCGAGGAGCCUGGAAACCGGAGCAGGGGAGGUGCCCGAGCCGUCCCCAAAAGUUUGUGGUUGGUAGAAAGAGGAAGAGGGCAGAAGGGAGGGAGGAGAAUGUCAUGGAGAUCGGCGCUGGGAGAUUCCCUCGAGGAUGAUCUUGGCCGUCGGAGGGGGGCGCGGGAAGGGCCUUCUUCUCGCCAUUUGCAGUCGGUAGCGUAUUGCCCGGGGGGGGGGGCAGGAGAGAAGAAGAGAGCAUGUGGGGUGACUAGCCUGGAGAGGAGGGCGGAGGAGGUCAGCUGGGGUGGGGAGGAGGCGUCCUCCGGUCAGCCAAGAUCUAGAGCAAGGACUGACCCAGAACACUGUCGAAGAGGAAGGAUCUAGACUUGGACUUGGCGUGGGGCCCCCUUGGAAAGAUCCCGUGCUGGUGAGGGUUGCUGAAAAUGAUCCUUUGAGUGACGGGUGGCGAAUCCCUAAGAGGUCCAAGCAAUCGUGCAGGGCGACCUAAGAGUGAUCCCAUUGGUCAGGGAAUUAAGGGUGGAGUUGAUGAAGUCGUCGCCAUGGCUAUCUGAUUCCAGACCACUUUGGUUCAAUCAGGGGUGGGGUGGAGUGGGGGGACUUCCUUAGCUUCCAGGAGAUUAGGUGCAGCUGCUUUGGAGGAGGAGGGGGGGGGGAAGCAAGAUUUCAGCCAGCUGAGCAGCUUUGCCCUAAGAGUGGGCAACCCAGCCCCUCUGCUUCCUGUGACCCAGAGCAAUGGCGUGGUCCGGCUGUGCUCCCCUGGGCUGCUCACCUCGCUAUCGUUACCUGGACCUCUUCUUCACCCUGGUGGGCACCAUUGCGUUCCUGGCAGACAUUGGCGCCGAUGUGUGGAUGGCGGUCAGCUACAUACAGGCCGGGCACUACCACUGGGGUGGGCUGGUGCUUGGCCUGCUCGUCGUCUCCUCGCUGACCACGCAGUUGUUCAGCUGGGCCUGGUACCAGAGUGACCCCAAAGAACUGAGGCAAGCGCUGCCCACGAACCAGGCUCUGUUGGCGCUACACGUCCUGCAGCUUGGCUACCUGUACAGGUGCCACCAUGCCCUGAAGGUGGGGUACCACGUGUGCAGGAUGCAAGCGGCCCCCGAGGCCCAGAAGAGCUACGCCAUUUUCCUGUCCCAUGAUAUCAGCUUACUGCGCCUCUUCGAGACCUUCCUGGAAAGCGCUCCUCAGCUCACCCUCCUGCUCUACGUUAUGCUGUGCACGAACAAAGCCCAGCCAUUUCAGCUGCUCGGGAUUGGCACAUCUUUCUUAUGCAUCGCCUGGGCCCUCUUGGAUUAUCACCAGUCCCUGCGCUGCUUUCUGCAGGACAAGCACAAGCUGGACUUCCUUUCCUCGGCCAUCUACUUCCUGUGGAACUUCCUGUUGGUGUGCCCCCGCAUCCUGUCCCUUGCUCUCUUCACCGUGCUCUUCCCCAGUUACAUCUUCCUGCACUUCCUGGGUGUCUGGUGCACCAUGUUCCUCUGGGUGUCUCUGCAAGGCACGGACUUCAUGGAAGACUCUGCCUUUGAGUGGCUCUACCGGGCCGUGGUGGCCGUCAUCCUGUAUUUCUGCUGGUUCAACGUGGCCGAGGGGAGGACGCGCCACCGCUCCGCCAUCUAUUACACCUUCUUGAUACUGGACAGCAGCCUCCUUGCCACCUGGUGGCUCUGGUACAACACUCCCUUGAGCUGGGGCUCGGACGCCCACGUGCUGCAUGCGCUUUUGGCCGCCCUGCCGUGCUAUCUGCUCGGCGUUCUUUUGAGGGGCAUCUACUACAAACAGUUCCACCCCAGGAUGCAAGUCCCACCCUUGGCCAGCUACGACGAAGUGGACUAUAGGGUGAUACGGAGGCAAGGGGCUGCUUUCCACCGAGGGCUGGGCAUUGGCUCCAUCAGCCCUCGGAUGUAUGGACUCUCUCAGUGCUUCUUUGAUGGCGUGUCGAAGAACCAAGGAAACGUUGGGAAUGUGUGGGAGAGCCCGGCUACAACCAAGCCCCCUUGUGGGCAGGACGUACAAGUGUGAAGCACAUCGGGAAGCCCACUCCCCUGCAUACAUUAAAUCUGCCUUCAGGAGCAGCUUGUCAGGACAUGGCCAGGUGUGAGAUCUUGAUGUUUUAGACCAGGGAUUCUUAACGUCGGGCCUCCAGAUGUUAUUGGACUUCAACUCCCAUAAUCCCCAGCCCCAGUGGCUUUUGGCUGGGGAUUAUGGGAGUUGAAGUCCAAUAACAUCUGGGGGCCCAACGUUGAGAAUCCCUGCUUUAGGCCGGGCCUGCUCAACUUUAGCCCUCCUGCAGAUGUUGGCCUACAACUCCCAUAACCCCUGGUUAUUGGCCACUGUGGAUGGGGGUUAUGGGAGUUGUAGUCCAAAAGCAGCUGGGGGCGGGGGCAGAGUUGAGCAGGCUUGCUCUAGACCAGGGAUAGGCCACCUUCACUCUCCAGCUGUUCAACUACAACUGCCAUCAUCUCCAGCCAUGGGAGUUCAAUAGCAGCUGGAGAGCCAAGUUGGCCCACUCCUGCACUGGAAGCUGUUUGUGUGUGUUGAGCUUUUGUCCUCACAUGUAUGAUGGUUCUAACUGUCCCUUGAUUAAGUCAGUUGCCCUGUGAGAUUAUUUUCUCCAUCGCUCUUGAUGAGGGUCCUUCAGGUACAAUGGGCUAGUCACCUACAAUUCAAAACACUUAAUCCAUUCUUUCUAGCGCACCUUUUGAUCUCUCUCCUUGAUGUGUUUUCAUUGUCAUUGUCUUGUUUACUUGCUUCAGCCUUUAAUCUUUUCACCCACACUGUGUGUGGCCAAAUGACCAAUUUGUGAAUAGCCCCACCAGGAUUGAGUUAAGUUGCCCCACAAAUUCUAGGGCUGCUUUCACAGCCCUCUCUAGGGUCAGACCAGGGUCCUACCUACAUUUUGGGAGCUGUAUGAGCUCUUGAUAUAAGAUCAUCUGCAAGAGAGAAGCAAGGUAGGCGGUAUGGAGAGUGAUCAUCUGCAAAGCAUGUGCUGGGUAGGGGAGCUUUUCCCUGGUACAGCUGCUGGGUAGGAUAGAUCCCUCCUAUCCAGCACAAGCUCCUUCUACCUUGCUUUUCCUGUUUGCAGACAAUAGAAAACCAGGAGUGUGCCCAGUAUGUGAUCUUGGGUAGGAUGCUGGUCUAAUCCACCUUUCUUCAAGUGAUCUGCCUCUCCUUGUUCUGAGUAGUGGUCAAGAGGGUCUUCUAAACAAUCCUAUCUAGUAUGUAGCUCAACUCGGAAAAACAUUCAGUGUUCCCUCUGUGGCAAAAACAACUUCUGUGUUACAGUGUUCUUUGGUGGUUCAUGUGGCCAGGCUGGUUUGGGGGGUCCAAGGGUAAACCAGAUGCAAUACAGUAGACAUCUCUCUUGCUAUUAUACAUAUAUACACACACAUACUCACUCUCUCUCUGCACAGCUUCAGCCCUUCAGCCGUGGAUGGACUAAACUUCUGGCUCCCCUGUUGACUACUGGGGAUGAUGGGAGUUGUAGUCCAACCACAGGUAGAAGACUGAAGUUGUGCAGCCCUGCUGUUGAAGCUAUACGUUGAGUAGAGGAACAGAAGGGGCUGCUGAAGUUUCCCUUCUCUGGCUGCUGUGUGUGUGUGUACACACAGCUUCCCUUGAACUUGCAGCUUCCCACAGCUGCUAUUUUUAUUUUUUUUAAAGCAUGUCCAGAGCAGUGGGCCCUGUAACGGAUUCCCAGAUGUUGACUCCAACUCCCAGCAUUCUAAGCUGCAAUGGCCUUUUGGCUGGAGAUGCUGGGAGUUGCAGUCAGCAUCAUCUGGGAACUCCAUUCCAGGGGCCACCGGACCUGAGACUUUCACUUCUGCGAUGCAUCUAGUUUGGCCCUUAGUUUACCCUCUGAGUAGAAUGUUAAUUUAUUGAUGUUUAUGAAGGUUUAGGCACAAUUAAAGCAAUUCUGGUACUGCU